AUGGACCUCAUCGAUCGACACCCGAUUGUUCAAGCGCGAACCACCGGCGAUGCUACGAAAAGCAUCUGUAUCAUUGGCGGUGGCCCGGCUGGCCUAGGGGCACUCAAGGUCAUCGUUGAUACACCACAGUUCAAGAGCGGGGAAUGGGUCCCGGCCCUUUAUGAAGCUAGAGAGCAGGUCGGGGGAGUUUGGUUGCCUGCACCUCCAACCGAUGAUCCCCCGUUGACACCCUUGUACGAUUCAUUGACGACCAAUCUGCCCCACCCCGUGAUGGCCUACGAGAGUUUCUCGUUCCCACCAUCAACGGCCGUGUUUCCCCAUCAUCCAGCCGUCCAGCGUUAUCUGGAGGCAUACGCCGAACACUUCAACCUCCUCCCCCACAUUCAUACUAGUACGAUUGUGUUUGACGCGCGAUGGGAGACGUCGCGCUGGAUAGUGAAGCUUUCUACCGGAGAAACCCGCGACUUCGACUUCGUCGUGGUUGCGAACGGUCAUUAUCGCGUUCCCCGUUACCCGGAUGUGCCUGGCAUCUCCGAGUGGCAGAAGGCUGGAAAGGUGAUGCACUCCGCAUGGUAUCGCAAGCCACACAAUCUGGGAAAUGUCGUUCUCGUAGUCGGUGGAGGACCUAGCGGACAGGAUAUCACGGCCGAAAUGAGCGAGUACGCAAGCACCGUCAUUCACUCUCUGCCCGGCGUGGAACCAGGUCAGAACGGCAAAGUCAAGGUCCGAGGGCGUAUAGCCGAGUUCAAGUCGGACGGUGUCAUCUUCGAAGACGGAUCAAUCGAACAUGGCGUCGACUUCUGUAUCCUCGCGACCGGAUAUGAGUUCGCCUUCCCCUUCCUGUCGCAGAUGAAGAACGAACUGCCGCAGCCUGUUCCUCCACUCCCCAGCGAACUCUACAAUUCGUCGUGGCACAUCUUUCCGCUAGCUCAGCAUAUAUUUCCACUGCAGACCACCUUUCCUCCUCAUAGCAUCGCUUUCCUGGGUCUCGUCCUUAAGGUUGCUCCGUUCCCGAUGAUCGAGGCGCAAGCGCGAGCCAUGGUGAAGGUCUUCGCACACCCGGAGUCGCUGGACGUCACACAGGGAGCGCUUGAGAUAGUAUCUCGCUACGAUGAACUGAGCAAGGAAUUCCACGGGGACCAAUUGCAGAUCGCAGCUGCAUUCCAUCGCUUCGUUGGACAUGAGCAAUUCCAGUACCGCGACGACCUGCAUCGUUUUGCAGGCUACGGGGACGACACGCUCGUACAGGACUGGGUGAAGGAGAUGUACGACAAGAAGGAUAUUCUGCGACGCGCUUGGCGCGAGCUGGAGCGGUCGGGAAAGGCGGAUGAAUGGGUUAAAGACGUGGGCGAGGGCGGUCCGCAUGAAUGGGUGGAGCUACUGAAACGAUUGUUGCGUCACGCUGAGGAGAAGGGAGAGGUGGAGAUCGCUGUUGAGAAUCAGGAAGCGAAACUAUGA